AUGGAGUUAAAAAUCAAACCAGAUGAACAAGAAAAGCAAACAAUCAAGAUCCUAACAGAUGCAAUGGUGUCGAUGAGUAGAAAGAUGCCUCCGCCUUCAGUGGGGAAAUCCGUGCCUACUUCAAAAGAAGUGGUGCUUGAUGAACAACAAACUCAACCACAAGCACAUGCAACGAAUAUCUCCACAACAGAAAAGAAGAGAUCCCAUCAAGAUUCCACCGGCAGGGAUUCAGGUGUGACAUCCGCUUAUACGAGAAGGUCGAGAAGCACUGGUACCAGGAAAAGGAAAGUUUUCAAAGACCCAACUAUCCCACACUUUAACCUGGAUGUCAAUGAGACUAGAGAAGCAGAAGAAUAUCCAGUACCAUCUGCACUCGACGGAACAAAGAAUCCCACUCCUUCCAUUGAUGAAAUCAUAAGAAGGGCCAGUUCACCAGCUUCAAAAUCAUUAAGUGAUACCAAAAAACUAGAGAUGAUUGCUGCUGCUGCAAAAGAAGUUGAGAAGAACUCAAACAUGGUUAAAGUAGUCCCUUUAAGCAUAAUUCCACCCGAUUGGAAUAUUGCUUCUACCACGGGUGGUCUAGUGAUGCUGGACAAAAAUGAGUGUACCACGCCACCGCCGGCAAUCUCAAAGAAAGUUGACGAGCUUGAUGAAGAGUCAACAAAGACAGUGGAAAAGAAACUCUUGUUUGAAUUUGGGAAAAUCGUUUGGGCAGACAGGACAGCUUUCUGUUCCAUGAGGGAAGGGACAUGGAUAGAAAACAGCAUCAUAGAUGCUUGGGCUGUCAUCCUAAACAAAGAAGAAGCUAAGAGUGACUCCCUAAGAUGGAUAUUCUUUGGUGUUUCAUCAUUUGUAAGUCAACUAAACCCUUAUUGUUUAUCCCGCUCUGGUAAAAUACUUGUCACAUCUCUGCAAGUUUUUAUCCAUAUGUUCGUACUUAUUAUCCAAUUUGUUACUAAUGCUUGUCCACUAGAGUUGAACUGGUUAUCCAAGCCUUCUAUUAAUAAUGGUUAUCCAGUCAUUUUCUAA